AUGAUUGGCAAACUGACCAUGGUCAAUUCCCCUGUGAUCUGUGUGGACGCUUUUACAAAUACAAGCACAAUCUGCAUCGUCACAAGAAGUAUGAGUGCAGCCAAGAACCCAAGUUCUGGUGUACCUUCUGUCCUUAUAAAGCCAAGCAGAGGACUUCGCUUCAAAGUCAUUUGGUUCAUAGACAUUCACAACCUAUCUCUACAUAUCUGUGACAACUGUGGCAAACAAUACAAGUGGGAUACAAGUCUUAUGAGACACAAACGUCUGGAGUGUGGCAAAAGUCCGCAGUUUGCUUGUCACAUCUGCGACUACAAGACUAAACACAACAAUUCACUCAAGAAACAUCUCGCAAACAGAAUAGGGAGCUUAGAUUGCUUGGACCUUAAAGUUGACUCGACGUGUCAUCUUUUGUCAAAAACAGAAGUUCAAGGCAAUGACGAAGCUAAUGAUGACCGGGGAGAGGUAUUCAAGUGUGAUAGUUGUUCCCGCAGCUAUCGUUGGGUGAAGAGUCUGCUUCGUCACAAGAGGUUAGAGUGCGGCAAACUUCCGCAGUUCGGCUGCGACUUCUGCGACUACAGAACAAAACACAGAAGUUCACUGAUCAAACAUACUGCACUCAAGCAUGGGAUGCUUCAGAAAAAUUGA